AUGAUGAUCUCCACAAGGCUUGCGCGCGCCGGUGCGCUGUUCCUCGGGACCCGGGCCUUCGCUACCGUCGGUGACUCCCCUCUCGACAAGAAGGUCGAGAUGGCCAACACUGAGAAGGGUAACUACAUCAACUACAAGAAGAUGUCUGAGAACCUGGACAUUGUCCGUCGUCGCUUGCAGCGUCCUCUCACAUACGCCGAGAAGGUUCUCUACUCUCACCUUGACGACCCUCACGGACAGGAGAUUGAGCGUGGCAAGUCCUACCUGAAGCUCCGCCCCGACCGUGUCGCUUGCCAGGAUGCCACCGCUCAGAUGGCCAUUCUGCAGUUCAUGUCUGCUGGCAUGCCCUCUGUCGCUACUCCUACUACCGUCCACUGUGACCACUUGAUCGAGGCCCAGGUUGGAGGUGACAAGGAUCUUGCUCGUGCCAACGAGAUCAACAAGGAAGUUUAUGAUUUCCUGGCUAGUGCCACCGCCAAGUACAACAUCGGUUUCUGGAAGCCCGGCUCCGGUAUCAUUCACCAGAUCGUCCUGGAGAACUACGCUUUCCCUGGUGGUCUGAUGAUCGGUACUGACUCUCACACCCCCAACGCUGGUGGUCUUGCUAUGGCUGCUAUCGGUGUCGGUGGUGCUGAUGCUGUCGAUGUCAUGGCUGGUCUUCCCUGGGAGUUGAAGGCUCCCAAGGUCAUUGGUGUUAAGCUUACCGGUGAGAUGUCCGGCUGGACCACUCCCAAGGAUAUCAUCCUGAAGGUUGCCGGCCUCCUUACCGUCAAGGGUGGUACUGGUGCUAUCAUUGAAUACCACGGACCUGGUGUUAAAACUCUCUCUUGCACUGGUAUGGGUACCAUCUGUAACAUGGGUGCUGAAAUUGGUGCUACCACAUCCAUGUUCCCCUUCAACGACCGCAUGUACGAUUACCUGAAGGCCACCAAGCGUCAGCACAUUGGUGACUUCUCUCGCGAGUACGCCAAGGAGCUGCGUGAGGACGAGGGCGCCGAGUACGACCAGCUGAUCGAGAUCAACCUCUCUGAGCUUGAGCCUCACAUCAACGGUCCCUUUACUCCUGAUCUUGCUACCCCCAUCUCUAAGUUCAAGGAGGCUGUUGAGACCAACAAGUGGCCUGAGGAGCUCAAGGUCGGUCUGAUCGGUUCUUGCACCAACUCCUCCUAUGAGGACAUGUCACGUGCCGCCUCGAUCGCCCGUGACGCUCUUAACCAUGGCCUGAAGGCCAAGUCCCUCUUCACUGUUACCCCCGGUUCUGAGCAGAUCCGCGCCACUAUUGAGCGCGAUGGCCAGCUCCAGACUCUGGAGGAGUUCGGUGGUGUCAUCCUUGCCAACGCCUGCGGCCCUUGCAUCGGACAGUGGGACCGCAAGGACGUCAAGAAGGGCGAGCCUAACUCCAUCAUCUCCUCCUACAACCGUAACUUCACUGGCCGUAACGACGCCAACCCUGCUACCCACGCCUUCGUCGCUUCUCCCGACCUUGUCGUCGCCAUGACCGUUGCCGGUACCCUCAAGUUCAACCCCCUCACUGACAAGCUGAAGGACAAGGACGGCAAGGAGUUCCUGCUGCAGCCUCCUACUGGAGAGGGUCUCCCCGCCAAGGGCUACGACCCCGGCCGUGACACCUACCAGGCUCCUCCCGCCGACCGCGCCUCCGUCAACGUCGCUGUCUCUCCCACCAGUGACCGUCUGCAGCUCCUUGCUGGAUUCGAGCCCUGGGAUGGCAAGGACGCCACCGGCAUCCCUAUCCUCAUCAAGUGCCAGGGCAAGACCACCACCGAUCACAUCUCCAUGGCUGGCCCAUGGUUGAAGUACCGUGGCCACCUUGACAACAUCUCCAACAACAUGCUGAUUGGUGCUGUCAACGCUGAGAACGGCAAGGCCAACUCUGUCAAGAACAAGUUCACUGGCGAGUACGAUGCUGUCCCUGCUACCGCUCGUGACUACAAGGCUCGUGGAGUUAAGUGGGUUGUCAUUGGUGACUGGAACUACGGUGAGGGAAGCUCCCGUGAGCACGCCGCUCUGGAGCCCAGACAUCUUGGUGGUCUCGCCAUCAUCACCCGCAGCUUUGCCCGUAUCCACGAAACCAACCUGAAGAAGCAGGGUAUGCUUCCUCUCACCUUCGCUGACCCCGCCGAUUAUGACAAGAUCAACCCUGAGGACACCGUCGACCUCCUUUGCACCGAGCUCGAGGUUGGCAAGCCCAUGACUCUCCGUGUUCACCCCAAGGAUGGCAGCGCUCCCUUCGACGUUUCCCUGAACCACACCUUCAACGAGUCUCAGAUCGAGUGGUUCAAGGAUGGCUCUGCCCUCAACACCAUGGCCCGCAAGUCCGGCACCAAAUAA